AAGCAUCAAAGUUCUGCUUCAGAACGCACUGUAUCGUUUUUUUUGACACACGCCUCGGAGCUUUGGUGUCAAGCUUAACAUCACUACUGAAAGCAGUACAUUUUAUGUAGCAUAUCAUUGCAAAACUCGCAAUUGUUCUGAACGUUGAUAAGAUUAUUAAAUGGUGUAUGAGGGAAAAAACGAUAGGUUUUUGUCUCAAUAUUUGAUAUGUAGCUCGUCAGCUACCUGCUGUUUCAGCAAGGGAUUAUAAAAAGUUCAUUUUGCUUCGUUUUGGCGUCGGAAGAACGAAAAAUACGGCACAAAAACAAAAAAAAGUAACUUUCUUAUAACAGAACAGGCCGGUGGCUUGCGGCUUAAUAUAAGUAAAUACAUAUGCAGUGAUUUUCUGUCGUUAAGUCCAGUAAAUUCGGUGGUUUAAGCCGGGGCGACGUUUUGUCUGAGAUCAGCUUCUUAAUCGCUUUUUAUACGAAGUGCGAUUUCUGUAAUAACCGUGAAGCAGCAAACGUCGGUAACAGGUGGGUAUAAAAAUUAGCACGGGCUAUACACACAGAUAUAUAUAUAUAUAUAUAUAGAUAUAGAUAGAUGUAUAUGGAUAGUGAGUGUGUGUAUACAUGCACUCUAAGGUUCUUAGCAGUACCGAAUACUGAGACUAAAACGAUAAGAAAGGGAUCUAAUUAAUCAAAAUUAAAACGAAAAUAAAAGCGCGAGACACGAAAUCUAAACUGAAAAACACAAAAACUAACAAAUAAGAUGAAAUGAGUAGAAACGAAAAAUCGCGGUUUCUCCAACUCCUAUUUUUGAGUUUGAAAGCCGGCGUUCACCCUACCCUUACCAGUCCUCCCUCCUCUAAAUAAUUAACAUUCAAAGUAGCCAAUACGAUGAUAAAAAUUAACAAAAAGACGAAUUUAAACCACGCUUCAGAGAAGAUCAGACCGAAGGUGUGCGGGACGAGAAGGAGAAAGCGCAGCCUGACCGCUGUGGGAACGAGUCUCAGACAUGGGCUGAUCCUUCCUCACUCCUGCUCUGUGGACACUCAGCUUACCGCGGUGACAGGGACCAUGUCCAGACGGCAGCCAUCCCCCUUGCUGUCUGUGCAGCCCUGCAGGGGUCUCUGGGAUGAGAAGCUCUGCAUCACUGUGCAGAAAUUACCUCCAGGACAGGAGGUGACCCUGCACAGCCUGCUCCACUCCGAGGAUGGGGACUUCUGGGAGGCUUUUGGCCACUAUGUCAGCGAUGCCACUGGAGCAGUCCGAGUUGCCGAGGAUGCCAGCGUGGGAGGAUCGUACACGGGUGUGGAGCCUAUGGGGUUAUUGUGGGGUCUGAGCCCAGCAGCAGGGAGCAGACCUGGUCUCAGGCUCAGGAAGAAGGACGUCUGCUCCCCAAGUACGAUCCACAUUUCCGUGUACGAAGGUCAUGUUGUCCAGGGUUUCAAAGAGAGGAAAGCCCUGGCCCUGGUCGAUGCCGAACGCUGGUACCUGGCUCCUGGCGUCCAAAGGAUCGAGGUCAAUGAGCAUGGAAUCACUGGGACCCUGUUUUUACCAGCUGGUUUCGGACCCUUCCCUGCCAUCCUGGACCUGUGGGGAGGGGGAGGUGGUUUGGUGGAAUACCGCUCGGCCCUUUUGGCGGCUCAUGGAUAUGCCGCGCUGGCACUGCAGUACCUAUCACAGAAGGAAAUGCCAAGCGUGGGCAAUGAAUACUUUGAGGCUGCGUUCACCUUUCUGCAGAACCACCCCCGGGUGUGUGGGAACAAGGUGGCGCUGUUUGGGCUUUCCUUUGGCACCUCCGUGUCCCUGGGGCUGGCUGCCUACUCCACAGUCAUCCAGCCCAGGUGCCUGGUCUGUGUCAGCGGCAGCCAUGUCCAGCCCGUCGGGGGGUCCCUGGCUGACAUCUUUAUACAGUUUGGAAAAAAUGCCCACAAGACCCGGUACGACGACCAGCAGCGAGUGAUUUGGCGUGACCUCCUCCUGCCCAUUCCAACAGACCCCAGCCAGAAAGUCGACGUCGGGCGGAUUCGGUGUCCUGUGCUGCUCAUCGUGGGAGAAGAUGAUCAGAACUGGCCAGCAUCCGAAUCCGCAGAGGAUAUGGAGAGAAUGAUGGAGGAGGCCGGGAAGAGCCAUCUGUUCACCAAGCUCUCCUACCCGGGGGCGGGGCACCUAAUCGAGCCACCCUAUGGCCCCCAUGUACGAGCGAGCAACUUCAUCACUCUGGGAACCAAAGCUAUGCUGCUUUGGGGUGGGCAGGCUCAGCCCCACUCUCACGCCCAGGAAGACUCCUGGCAGAAGACCCUGGCCUUCCUGGAGAGGCACCUGUAUGGCGUAGGGGUGACGGCGGGUCUCUGAGGGCCGCAAGGUGUGGAGGGAGCCGACGGAGAAGAUGCAGCCGGAGAUGGCAACAUUUCUCAUCACGAUUCAGCCACUGCUUCAGUAUCUUCAGUUCAGCCUUGGCUGCACUAUGGACUCAUUGCUAAGUAGUAACUGAAUGUAAAGGUUCCCAUGAUGAUUAUAAAGACAGCAGUCGUAUUUCAUUAUUCAGAUACCCCACAGUCACUGAUUGUCAAUCAGAACAAUGUAAGAGAGCAAUAAUUCAAAUUCCGUUAAAGUCUCAAUUAUCUACUGACUUUAUUUUUAAGUGUGGCUUAUAAAAUGUAUGCCACAGAUGGCAGUAGGCAGGUGAAUUUUGAGCUGUCAUCAGAGAUUUCAAGUUCUCGAAUAAACCUGUAUCUAACAGCUAA